UGAACUUUUCUUGAGUUUGUGAUAAGGAUUGAGUAUGAAUGAGACUUGACCUCGGCCACAUGGUGAUAACAGAUCACUUCGAGUCGCAAAUGGGCCUCAGUUUGUCGGUUAUAUUUGCCAAGGAAGCAUGAUUUGGUUGUUUCUUGGGGGAGUUUUGGGACUUGCUCUGAUUUUCUGUGUCUUUUGGACAUGGAAUUUCAGUUAUUGGCAAAGAAGAGGAAUUCCAGGUCCCAAACCGUCUCUCUUUUUCGGCAAUACUAAGAGUUUAGUGGCUGAUAAAGUGUCUGUGGCUUACGAGUUUGAUAAGUUUUAUAGAGAAUUCUAUGGCAAAACACCAUUUAUAGGGGUUUACAUUCUAAGAUCACCACAUAUUCUGGCCAUCGAUCCUGACUUUGUGAAAUUUGUCUUGGUGGAGAAUUUCAAACAAUUCUACAAUAACUACAUUUCUGAUAUGUGUACCGCGAAAUCUGAGCCUUAUAUAGGCCACAGUCCUUUCGUUAUGAAAGACAGGGAUUGGAAGGACACAAGAAGCCAAUGGGCACCAGCCUUUACUAGUGGCAAAAUGAAAGCAAUUUUUCCAAUAAUUGAGAACACUUGUCAGAAAAUGUCCACUUUUCUCAAAAGCGAAGUGGCUAAACAAUCUGAAGAUGGAGUUCAUUUUCGAGAUGUCUCAGCAAGAUUCACCACAGAAGUAGUAACUGACACGAUCUUUGGCAUUGAAGCGGGGACUUUUACCCAAGAAGACGCUCCUCUUUGUGAUUUGGGAGCCAAACUACUUGAUUGUUUUGAAAAUGUUGUUAAUUUCUUCAUUCUAACAGCUGUCCUGCCACUCUUGAAGCGUUUCCAAUGCUUCUGGAUAGUCAGCCGGAAUGUCGGACAAUCCUUCGAAGAAUUAAUGAAGAAAGGUAUUCAAUUCAGAAGUCAAAGCAAUACUCAAAGGAGUGAUUUUUUGUCUUUCAUAAUGGAUCUUGGGAGUAAGAAGAAUCUUUCAUUGACCGAAAUGACAUCCCAUGGACUCACUGUUUAUCUGGAUGGAUAUGAAACAACAAGCAUAGCUAUUCCUCUGGUUCUAUAUGAAUUAGGCAGAAAUGAAAGGGCUCAAGAGAAACUUAGGAAAGAGAUCAGAGAAUAUGAAGCGAAAGGUGGAAUAAACUACGAAUCUAUUCAAGAAAUGCCAUACUUGGAUCAAGUGGUCAAUGAAACCAUGCGUAUUCACCCUCCUUUGAUCAUCAUUAGUAAACUCUGCACUGAAAAUGUUAAAUACUCUGUUAAUGGGAAAGCAGUUGAGAUUCCUCGUGGCAUGACCGUACAUAUUCCUAUUUUCUCCAUCCACCGUAAUGAACAUAACUUUCCUAACCCAGAGGAAUUUAUUCCCGAGAGAUUUGACGAAGAGAAUGGAGGAUCGAAGGUAUUCAAGGAUAAGUGCUCUUUUCUUCCAUUUGGAAAUGGACCAAGAAUUUGUCUAGGAAUGCGUUUUGCCAUGCUGCAAGUAAAAACUUCGGUGGUGGAAGUCAUAAGGCAAUAUUGCGUCACGGUGAAUGAGAAAACACAGCAACCACUGAAACUGGAUGUUGGCCAAUUUUUCAGCUACCCUCGUCAUGGAAUCUACCUUAAUUUGAAAGCAGUGUAGUAGAAGAUGCCUUGUU